CGCGGACACGUGAAGAAUUUUCAUUGAUCGACAAUAGAGCGUUUUGAUUUCCGUGUGAUUUCUCGUUUUGUAAUUUUCUCUAAUUGCCUUCUAGGGAACUUUCUGUUGUGGUUUUGUAGACGCACUAAAAUUUAGUCUAGCUAUGAAGUUUAGCGUUGUUGUAGCGGCCGUAGUGCUGGUUCUUUCCCUUGUGACAGCAUCUUCUGCGGCAGAGAAGAAGAAAGUCACCAAACUACAGAUAGGCGUGAAGAAGAGAGUGAAGGAUUGCAAGCGGCGCUCCGUCAAGGGGGACUCACUUCACAUGCAUUACACGGGUAAGCUUGAGGAUGGAACUGAAUUUGACAGCAGUAUUCCACGCGGAGAACCAUUUGUGUUCACUCUCGGGACUGGUCAAGUUAUCAAGGGAUGGGAUCAGGGCCUACUAAAUAUGUGUGCUGGAGAAAAAAGAAAGCUUGUGAUCCCAUCUGAUAUGGGCUACGGAGACCGUGGAGCCCCACCCAAGAUUCCUGGUGGGGCUACCCUUAUAUUUGAAGUAGAAUUACUCAAGAUUGGUGACAAGUCUGAUCUGUGAUAAACAUGAUGAAGAAAGAAACCAAGCUAGCUGUUACAACACUUCCAGUUCCCAUAGACCAGCGUUUUAGUGGAAUAGAACUCACCUAAAUGUUACUGGUUCAUACUUUACCUAGGGCUUAUCGUUUUGUGAAAUUUAACAUAGAAAACAAGAUCAGUUAAAAAAGUCAGUCCCCUACCAUAUAUUGGAGUCACGUUGGCAAGUUGUUAAAUUGGGAACAACAUUCUGAGAUCAGACAGAGUUACUGUAUUUCAUUUCCAGUGCAAUCAUGGUGGUGAAUUAUCUCUUUAAAGAUUAAAGUACAGAAACGUUUUAUAAAAUCAUGAUAUUUUUCCUCAAAGCUAGUAAACUGUGUGCUACUUUAUCAAA